AUGGCCAUUCCAGGAAGAGCCGAUGUCCCCUGGACGCUGGAAGAGAAGCAAAAACUGCUGAGACUUAGAUUCCAGCACCGCAUGCUCUCCUGGCCAGAGUUCCACCGUCUCAAUUUCUUCCCCGGUCGAUCCCUGUCAUCCAUCCAGGGCCUUUGGCAUCGCUACGGGGAGCCUAUGAUCCUAUUCAAGCAACGCACGAAUAUCGACGAGCUGGAAGCUGCCCUUGAGGCUGAGGCUAACGAUUCUGAGACCGAGGAGAGUCAGGAGGAACAACCAAUCCACAACACCAGAAGCAGGAAGAGGACACAGGAACGAGCUGGCUCAGACGCUGAGAACGCGAACGUCACGAGGGGACGCAACAAGCGCCUCAGGGUGAAUCCUUCUAAAAGCCCCAGGACAGUCGGAAGCAGCCCCACGAGUGUAGGACCUGAAUCUCAGCCACAUCGCCCUGCGCAUGGAAUCCCCGAGGACUACACAUUUGUCAUGCAGAUAGGCCCGAACGCGAUAGUACCUGCUUCCAGAACCACCCGCAGCUCCGCGAGGCACACUGUCCCACAAACUCUCGCUCCAGUGCUGCCGCCCAAUGCAGCAGCAUCCAAUCUACUUGCGCAGAAUGAACGUCAUCUCGAGAUUUCCGACGCGGGGCCCAUCGCACCCGUCGCGAAUCAGCAGAUGAGCGCCUACGGGCCUCAGCAUGGAUACCCCGCGUACUCAUCGACUAAUGUGGAAAACUGGCUGUCAAAUACUGGCCUGGCUGAUGCCAUCCACGAGUAUCCUGACCCGGAACAAAACAUACUCUCCUACAUCCUACCAGAGACGCGCGACCUGCCUGCUUUUGCGCACACCCAGCCCGAUUUCGAGCCUCAAUCUGAAGAAACGACCCAGGCUACUGCUCAAACUACGGAGCCAGAACACCACACCGACCUGAUGCCCGAAGCCGACGGUGGCAGGGAGCAAAUUGUCCCAGAAGCUGAGGUGAACUCGAUUGGCGCAACACUCCACCGCAUCCACAAUCAGCAGGCUAUUGAGUUCCACCGUCUCCAAGUACAGAUUGGGGAGCUUAUCCAGCAGGCCAGCGUUGCCAGAAGGCUUUCGAAUCGGGCCGGCGAGAUGCUAGCUACACUACAGCAGCCAGGCGGUCUCUUUGACUUGAACUUCAGUGAAAUGGAGGCGCUUGUCAAAGCUGCUGAUGAGAAGGAGAAUAAUCCGGGGCGUUCGAACUAG